AUGCAAGACAAACCUCUGUCGAAGAGAGGGGUGUUGGCUACCAUAAGCUCAAUUUAUGACCCGCUUGGAUUAGCAGCGCCGUUCUUGUUGAAGGGUAGAAAAAUUAUGCAAAAUCUUUGCAAAGAAAAAACAUCAUGGGACGAAGAGAUCUCUGAACCUCUUCGAAGCGCUUGGGAAAGAUGGCGAUUAGAUAUCGUCCUUCUUGAAAAACUGGAAGUUAACCGAUGCGUCAAGCCACUUCAUUUCAAAGAGAUCGAGUCAACGUCCCUCCAUCAUUUUUCAGACGCAUCCAAUGAAGGUUACGGAACUGCUACGUAUCUUCGCAUCAGAGAUGUAGAAGGAAACGUCAACUGCUGCUUACUCCUUGGAAAAUCGAGAGUAGCUCCAAUAAAGAUGGUUUCAAUACCAAGGUUGGAGUUGACAGCAGCAACUGUGGCCGUAAAGGUCGGAGUAAUGUUGAAGCAAGAAAUGCCUGUCGUAGACUACGAAUGUUAUUGGACAGACAGCAACGUAGUACUGGGUUAUAUUAAUAACGAAUCAAGACGUUUUCAUAUUUUUGUGGCAAAUAGAAUUCAACAAAUUCAAGAAAAUACUUCGUUGGAUCAAUGGAAUCACGUUCCUUCCCAUGAAAACCCAGCCGAUGAUGCCUCGAGAGGCAUAAGUUUGAAACAUGUAGAGAAGAGUAGUAGAUGGUUCAAGGGACCUCAGUUUCUCUGGGAAGAAAGGGAAGCAUGGCCAGCUGCCUACGAUCCAGCGAAAAACAGUGUCACUGAUGAUCCCGAAUUUAAACGUAGCGUUUCAGUAUUUGUUUCAGCAACUGAUUCUGGAAUCUUAUGUACAUUCGAGAGAAGAAUUUCCAGGCUACAGAAAUGCAUACGGGUCAUGGCCUUGGUCGGUCGAUUUAUCGACAUUCUGAAGAUGAAAAUAAAAGCCCCAAGUCACGGGAUGACAAGAAGAAGCCAGAAGGCGAGUCCCCCAGCGCUGUGCGUUGAAGAUCUUCAACGAGCCGAAAAAUGUUUAAUAAAAUUAGUACAACAACAACACUUUGCCUCUGAAAUUAAAGCUCUUGCUUCAAAGGAAUGGAGACAAGGUCGACGAAACGACAAAAUUAAGAAGUCUGCUUUGAAAGAAUGCAGCAAAUUAUACAAAUUGAGUCCUUUCAUUGACGAUGAUGGAAUUCUCAGAGUUGGUAAAAGAUUGUGCAACAUGGAUGAAGCGUAUCAAUUCAAACAUCCUGCUAUUCUUCCCAAAGAAAGUUGGUUUUCCGAACUUGUGCUCCGAUGGUGCCACGAAAACACUCACCAUUCGGGGAGAGGAAUAACAUUGCAAGAAAUUCGGCAACGUGGAUAUUGGAUCAUACACAUCAACUCAGCAAUACGACAGUUGAUUCAUCAUUGUGUACGAUGUAGAAUAUUGAGGGGAAGAGCUGGCCAGCAAGUCAUGGCAGAUUUACCCAAAGAUCGAGUAGACGCAUGCCCACCUUUCACAUACUGCGCAGUGGAUCUCUUUGGGCCAUUGGUCAUAAAACCAUAUCGAAAGUUUGUAAAAAGAUAUGGCUGCCUCUUUACCUGUUUGGCGAGCAGAGCCGUCCAUAUUGAAGUUGUCAACACCUUGGAAACUGACUCCUUCAUUCUAGCUUUGCGACGGUUUGUUGCUAGAAGAGGAAACAUUCGAACGAUGAGAAGCGACAACGGCACUAACUUUGUCGGCACCGAGACCGAGUUCAUAAAGGCAUUAAAACAAAUGGACAAUGCGAAAGUUAAACAAUUCCUUCAAAGUGUUGGUUGUGAUUGGAUUCUCUGGAAGAGGAAUACACCUGCUGCUUCGCACAUGGGUGGAGUAUGGGAGCGCCAGAUUCGAUCUGUGCGCGCAAUAUUAAAAGAUCUUUUCAAUCAUAAUGGCUCGCGUUUGAGUGAAGAAUCGCUGCACACUAUUUUAACAGAAGCAGAAAGUAUCGUUAACUCUAGACCUUUAUGCGUCGAAGCAAUCAGCGAUGCAGACAGUGCAACACCAAUUUCACCACUUGCUCUUCUAACGAUGAAAUCAAAGGUAGUUUUACCGCCUCCUGGUAAUUUUGAAGAAGCGUCGUUAUAUUGCAGGAAACAGUGGAAAAGAGCUCAGUAUGUGUUGGAUAUGUUCUGGAGACGAUGA